AUGGCUUUGAAUUCGAAAACCCGGCAAUGUCUCCUAUUCGUCUUCCUCCUCAGCUCCAUUGUCGUCAAAUCUUCAUCCCUAAUUCUCUCCCCGGACACCCCGUCAACUGCCGAACCAACGGUGUACGAAAUCCUCCCCAAAUUCGGCCUUCCGAGUGGACUCUUACCCGACUCGGUCACCUCCUACUCCCUCUCGAAAAAUGGCGAAUUUGAGGUCAAUCUCAAGAAGGCAUGUUACAUAAAGUUCGAUUACUUGGUUUACUACAAGAAAAAGAUCACUGGGAAGCUGAAAAUGGGGUCGAUUACCAAUUUGAAGGGCAUUCAGGUUAAGAGAUUCUUGUUCUGGUUUAAUGUUGAUGAGAUCAGUGUUGACUUACCGCCAACCGAUAGUAUUUACUUCAGUGUUGGGAUCAUAAACAAGAAGCUUGAUUUGGAUAAGUUCCGAACUGUUCGUUCUUGCAAAGCAGAUGCCCUUAUGAGACAGCUCCAGGCUCCCGUGGAUGAUAUCCCGAUGCUUAUUACCGAGUAG